AUGGGAGAUAGUCAGAGAACUGUGAAAGAUCCAACUGACGUGCAAAAUGCAAGUUUAAACAAGCAAAGUGAGAAUAAUGUGGGAGAUGGGACAGCAGCAGAAGCUGAAAAAAGAAGAAUGCAGGAAGAAGAAGAGGAUAUUAACAACAACAUUGAGGAGAUUGCUUCAUCAGGAGAUCUGUCACCCAGGUACUCAAGAAGUAAAUUUACUUGGUGGAAUGGAAGAAUUGAGGAGGAUUGCAUAUUUAAAAGACUAGACAGAGUACUAGGAAACAAUGAAUUCAUGGAGCUCUUGCCUGAUAGUGAGGAGUCAGUGGCUAGGCCUUUCAAAUUUUUGAAUUUCUGGACAAAACAUCCAGAUUUUAAAAAGCAGGUGAAGGAAUGCUGGGCAGGAAUAGAGGAAGGAUCUCCUUUCACUAUUUAUCAGAAGAAAAGCAAGAAGUUAAAAGAGAUUGCUACAUUGGAAGAUGUAAUUAAGGUGAAAGAGGCACAAUUAGAGAUAAACCCAUCUGCAAACAAUAGGGAAGAACUAAGCAAGGCAAAGGCAGAUCUCAAAAAGUUCCUACAUUUGGAAGAGGAAUACUGGAAACAAAAAGCUGGAAUGAGGUGGUUUCAGGAUGGAGACAGGAAUACAAAAUUUUUUCAUUCCUAUGUCAAGGGGAGAAGAAGGAAGUUGUACAUAGCUAAAAUAAAAAAUUCUCAUGGAGAUCUGAUCACCUCAACUCAAAGUAUAGGGGAGGAGGCUGUGAUAGUGUUCAAUGAUCAAUUCAUGGAAACCAAUUUCACAAACAACUAUGACAUGUUGGAGGCCAUUCCUAAAGUGAUUACAGGAGAUCAGAAUGAGAUGCUAACAAGAUUGCCUAGCAAGGAGGAGGUAAAAGAGGUGGUAUUUGCCCUGAAUAGUGAUAGUGUUAGUGGUCCAGAUGGAUUUUUGGGGUUCAUCAAAGGAAGAAGUAUUACUGAAAAUGUGUUGCUUGCUCAGGAGAUAAUAAGAGAUAUAAACAAAAGAACUACAUUGCAUAAUGUGGUUGUUAAGCUUGACAUGGCUAAGGCUUAUGAUAGAGUAACUUGGAUUUGCUUAACUAAAGUGUUGAGGAAGUUUGGGUUUGCAGAAUUGCUUAUAGAUAUGAUAUGGAGGUUGUUAUCAAACAAUUGGUACUCUGUCCUUCUGAAUGGACAGUCUUUUGGAUUCCUCAAGUCUUCAAGGGGUCUCAAGCAAGGGGAUCCUAUUUCUCCAACUUUAUUCAUUAUUGGAGCUGAAAUUUUAUCUAGGAACUUAAAUAAGCUGUUUGAGGAUACUAAUUUCAAAGGGUAUGGUCUUCCAAAAUGGAGCCCUGAAGUGAAUCAUUUAUUAUAUGCAGAUGAUACCAUCUUAUUUUGCUCAGGACAACCCACUUCCAUGAGAAUGAUGAUGAAGAUAUUAAGAGGAUAUGAGCAAGUUUCAGGGCAGAUGAUAAACCUCAACAAGAGUUUGUUUUAUAUGCAUGAAAAGGUUCCUUUUGCUAUCAACAACAAGAUAAGAAGAAUCACAGGAAUUAGACAGGGUUCCUUUCCUUUCAUUUACUUAGGCUGUCUUGUUUUCUAUCGCAGAAAGAAUAAGGCUCAUUUUGAAGAUUUAGUGAAAAAGGUGAUGAAGAGGAUCAACUCUUGGCAGAAUAGGUUUUUGACUUUUGGGGGGAAGUAUAUAUUGAUUUCACAUGUGCUUCAAUCAAUGCCUAUUUACCUACUUUCAGCUAUGAGCCCACCAGUCAGUGUUAUUAAUCAGCUUCAUAGUAUCUUUGCUAAGUUUUAUUGGGGAAAUACCACUGGUGCUAAAAAUAAGCAUUGGGUUUCAUGGGAUAAGAUGUGUUUGCCCAAGGAAGAAGGGGGUUUGAGCUUCAGAUCUAUUCAGGAUGUGUCAACAGCUUUGGUGGAUUUUCAGGGUGAGCACAUCUCUAUGGAAUGCUUAUAUGUGGAAUAA